AUGAAAGAUGGAGGUGAGAGAAAGGAGAUCGAUGGAGGUUGUCGGUGGUUUUGGGGUUGUGGCGGAGGAGAUCGAAGGUGGAGUAUCACGAAGGUGCUGAUGAUGAUGGUGGGUGGUGGGUGGGUGGCGCAGUGGUCCACCGGUGGAUGGAAAAUGAUGGCGGCAGGUGGUUUAUGGAGCGUGAGAAAUGACGGCGGUGGUUUUGGGCUGGUGGGUAGGAUAUCGAAGAGAGAUGAUGGUGGUAGUGGUUUUAGGCUGGUGGGGGACGCCGACAAGAUUGGUGAUGAUGAUGAUAGUGGUGAUGGUGGAGGAGAGAACAAUGGUGAUGGAAGAUGGAGGAGAGAGACGGCAGGAGGAUGGAAUCAUGGAGAUGAGAGCAUAAGGAGAUAG